ACAUCUGCACAUUUGCUUGAAUAAUGCACUAGGGCUCACGCUAAAUGUAUUGCGCUCGUUUCCUUAGCCGAAUCUUCGUUGCAACGCAACUCAAUUUCGGAACGAAUGGCUAUUCGCAGUCGCACUUGGUGUAAAUUUACCCAACCUACUGUAGCACUGUCGGCCUGUCCUCUUCCGCUUCGUAUCUAGGCCUCAAUGCUUUUUGAUUGAACGCUUCACAUAUAGAAAAUACAAAUUAGGUAUGACUUCUUGGCUGCACAUGUUACGAUAGUAAUCCGUCAAGUUCAGUACGAAAAAUGUAUCCGGGCAACCGCUCAAAAGGACCCGUUUUGGCGCUGACUUGUCAAAAGGAUUCACACCCUUUUCAGGAUCGCCACAUUGUUUUGAAUGACGUAGUCAAAGUUGGUCGAUCAGUGGCGCGCGCGAAGCCGUCAGACACGAACGCCAUUUUUGACUGCAAAGUUCUUUCUCGCAGCCACGCUUUAAUCUGGUAUAACGAGGGACGGUUUUGGUUGCGUGAUACGAACAGCAGCAACGGGACGUAUGUAAAUAACACACGAGUUGUGAAGUCGGGCGAUGAAGAAUUUGCCGACCGGGAGCUUUUUUCUGGUGAUAUUAUCCGCUUCGGUGUAGACGUGGUAGAGCAUGAGACAACACAUGGCUGCAUCAUUGCUCGCGUUACCUUGUUCCAUGCAAAUGGAGUCGAAGCUAAACAAAAUGUUGCCCCAGCUGGGGUCAGUAGCGGGGCACUGGGAAUUGAGACACUACAUGCUGAGCAAGUUUUUCGUCUUGCUCACUUUGUCGGUGAAGCACUAUUUCGCGAACAGCUUCUAGAAAGCAAACUUGAAUCAAUGAAUCGCCUGCUCCAAGAAACGCGCGAAGUUUCAGAGGCUGGGUGGCAGGCUAUGUUAAACGAGGAGAGAUUGUUGCAGAAGCUAGAGUUGUAUGAAAGUCAGCUGUCCAUGCUUAAACAGGAUCUCCCUCCCGAUUCCUUACAAUCCCAUUUGUAUCAAUUACUGGAAGAGAAGGUCAAUCUGGAAAAAGCCAGCGAAAUCAUGCUGGCCCGGCUCCUUAAUGAAAAAAGUGAGGUGCUGAGCAAGGUAACCAACCUCGAGUGCUGCUUAUCCGAUUCUGAGCGCGAGUGUGCUCGCCUUCGGCACGAUUGCGAAACUACACAAGCGGAAUAUCAGUCUGUCACUCGCCACUUUGAUGCCAAGGUACUCGAGUUGCAACAACUAGAAGAACAGCUAAAGAGCGUGCAACAGGAAAAAGAGAAUCUCCAAAGCCGGCUUCAGGAUCGAAUCAAAGAGGCGGAAGCUCUCCAACAGAGUUUGACGGCUGCCACUGUUCUUAAGAAUAGGAUCUCCAAACCGACUGACAGUACGCAUCUGGAGGACUUGAGCAACGAAAUCAAUUCCUCUGUCAAUGGUCUGGAAAAUGGACCUAUGGAAAGUGCGGAGCAGUUGGCCGAUAUGGUUGGAACGGCGGAAGAACUGCAGUCUUCUUUGAGCAAACGCACUGAUAACAUGCGCGCCGAAGUUGCAAUUGCAGAAUUAACAGAAUUGAAUCGGCUCUGCGAAAUUCAAGAAAGUCUUGCGCAUUCCGAAGCCGAUCUCGAACAAGUGCUAGACUCCACCGCAGAUGGCAUCUCGUCGCAUCUCGUAGAUGGUAUCCGGCAGCUGCAUCAGUCGUUGCAGCUUAUUGGUUCCCUUAAAGACGAACUAGUUCUCCUCUCUCAAUUGAAGUCUACUUUGUUCCGAGGACUCCAUGCGUCCAAUCCCGAUUCACACCACCACAUUCUGGAUACGACAGUGAACGAUGGAAACCAUCCCAACCGAUCGACCGAAGUCACUUCAUAUUCUGCUAAAAGUGAUCCGGAAUCGAAGGAUCAGGUCUUUUCUGCCGCGCUUUUUCGAGUGACUAAGCUGACGGCCCGUGUCGCCGAGUGUCACGCACGCGCUGAGACCAGCUUGUCGUCUUUUUGUGCUUUGUGCAAACGCAAAAGCGCAUCUGCUUGUCAUACUUCAGGCGAUGUUGGCUCGCUGCCUGAAACGCUUACCGACAAACCUGCUGUGCAGCCGGAUCCGGACGCGUGCUUGACUGCUUCGUCCUCAGCAACGACCGCACUAGUCCCUUGUAUCACCUUUCCGACGACUCCUGAGUUACCAGGUCUAGUCGACUCUGAAGUUCAGUCUUCCUUAGACGAAGGAGAGGUAUAUAAGCUUCGCGAUGAACUACAGGCAUCCCUAAACGAAGCUGAGUCGUACAAGCGAAUGGUUGGAGCGCUUCAGCAACAAGAUACCAUGAAAUCAAAACUGCUGUUAUCAGUGCGAGAGGAAUGCGACCUUCUUCGCAAACGGAUUUCCCAAGUGGAAUCAGACGUUGCUACAAGUCGCGAAGAUCACCAACGUCUAAUAGCCGAGGCGCGGCGCACUCGAUCAGAAGCAGAUGAGCUGCGUGGCGAGCGCGACGCUCUGGACAAACAGGUUUCGGCAUGUACCCAUCGGAUCGAGCAGCUACAGGCUGCACUUGAUGACGCAGUUAGGGCCAAUGUGAAUCCUUCACCAAAUAGCUGCAUCGAUCUCACUUCCUUACAUGCGAACGCUUCCUCAUUUGAACCGCAUUCAUUUCAAUCGACUUCUCUUGCGCCUGCAUCCCUCAGCAGGAUUGCCCUUGGCGAGGGCUCAUCACGGUCUUCUCAAUCCUCUGGGAACGCUUUCUCCUUGUUCGCCAUCAUUCCGUUGAUGAUCGUCUUGUGCUCAGUGAUGGUCUACAUCUUCUCCAAAUUUGCUCGAUGACUGGCGCAUCUCCGAAUCCCCCAUACGUUUGCUGAUCUACUCAUUUGCUGCCCUGGCGUUGUUUCACCAUUCUCCUGAUCUCACCACGUGUUAGUUAUUUCGCCACCAUCCAUUCGGUUCCACUUGCCAGCACAGCGACACACUCUUAUUACUUGGCUUGUUGACCGGUGGAUUGGCUGCUUUCCCCCUCCGUUUAGCAAGCUUCUUGCUUGUUCACUUUCAAUCGUUUCGACUGCAUCUGUUGCUCCUCUUCGUCGACGCCAUUUCUCUACCUCUUUUGCAUUCAUCUCUCGGGUCUUCUCAGCUCACACAGCUAUUGCCGUCGGUCGCUUACCGUUGUCCCAUUACCUAUGCAACUCUCCGUUCCUAUGCAGCAAUUUGAUUUAUUUUAUGCUGGCUAUUCCUCGGAGACGAAGCUUCAUCCCGACCGGUGGUGUCCUGCCUCUGGUUUGUCCCCCUUAUUCUUGUACAUAUGCUGAUUUGCCUAGUUUGCGUUUCCCAUGCCGCCUCAGCUACGGCUUCAAUACACAUGAUGUAAGAAAGUAGUCCUUUCAUUGACUCUCAUUUUUCACGAAUGCGGUCACUUGUGCCAAACCACCCAUACAUGCCUACUUGUAUUCAACAGUGGCCCUGGUAUUGAUGUCAAAGUGUUUCAAGAAAAUCCCCAUCUUCCAACAGCUUCUCUGGCUUCCCCAUCGUCCAAGUUCUCCGCGUGUGGUCUUCUGUACAUUGAUGGGACCCCUGAAUGUGGUGGUAACCCUAUGGAACCGAAGUGAAUCUACCGAUCCUCUCUUAUAGUAUAAUUUUGUUCGCUCACCGACCGCUCUUUUACCUGCGUUUGAACAGGCGUGUGCCUAACGCCGAACUGGCGCUAAUUCCAUCUGUAUACCGCCUUACUCUCUAGGUUCCUUGUUCCUGUCUUCACCUUUAUUCUCAGGCUGCUGAAUUAUUAUUUCUUGCUGGUUCCGUCUCCACAAACACUAUGCAGAAUACUUGUCGCCAUUGGCGUUUCUGCCCUCCAUACUAUCAAGCCUUCUCUUAUACCAGUGACCACUAUUGUAAUCAGAUGCAUUUGGGAAGGUAGUUCGGUUUGCAAUCCUCUCCUUUAUAGUAUAGCGUUGACUUCGACAUUCAAUCAUACCAUCCUUGAACUUGCGCUUUUAGCUCUGGACGUCGUUUCAGAUAAUGUGCUGGAACAGUGAUUAAGCUUGGGUUCCCGCCUUUUCAUUCUUUUUCCUUUGCAUACGGUCCAAUCGUGUCUGAUCCAACCUCAUUCAAAUCCUAAGUAUUUCUUUUUACCAUCGCCUAUAUGCGAAGUAAUUCUGUCAUUGGCCGCUGCUGUAGGGCACACUUAUCGCGGAGCGCUUUAUCUUUUAUAGCAUUAAACCGCAUCGUUCUUUCCGGACUUUAACUGCGCCGGUCCCCAUUUGUGGACCGUGUACGUUAAACCGUCUGUCAUCUGCUUAAGAGCUAAGUAUCUGUUUUUGACUCAUCAGGGUCGUGUCAUCGCUGCGAAUGCUCGCUAUAGCACAUGAUUCGAAAUAUAUGUUUCCCUUGUCAAGU